CCUCCACUCACCUCACCUCGCCUCACCACAUCACAAUGUCCAUCGUACCUAUGCAGAUCGCGGCGGGCAUGGAGGUGUCCCUCGAUGCGAGCGGUCUCCCCAUGCACGCUGCUGCCGUAGGCCUGGCCGGCUCCACGGCAGCUACCGCUAUCGAUCUGACUGAAGACGACGAAGAUGAUGUGAUGGCAGAGUUGGAGCGCGAGUUGGAACACGUACAGUGGCCAGGCUUGGGACGUCUCCACCCGAGGCCCAUUGUCAACGCGACGGUGAGCCGUGGGGACCCCGACCUGGCGCAGGGAACGUCACUUCACCCAUUCAACCCGCCGACAAUGCCCCGGAGCAUGGGCUGGCAGCAGCAGGUACAGACUUCCCGGAUCACGAGAUCUAGGCAGCUAACACGCGCCCGCACCAAGACUAACACUAAGAUCUACAAGCGGAAGCAGACCGGCCCCGACCUCCAAAUACUCGAUGGCGGCCAUCGCACGUUGAAGUUCUGGAAGGACAAGUAUUUUAAAGAGCUAGGAAUCGACAACGAGCUGACGCUAGCAACCAAUGCCGCGCAAUACUUUGAGAAGAGCAGCAUCCAGACAGUCGUCCCCAACCGCUACUUCCGCCGAGCAGUGACGUCCAAGCGGGGCCGGAGGAGGACGGCAACCUUCCCUGGUGAUGUCCAAAUCCUUUCAGCAGGCCAGGCUGUGCAUCAGGCGUACGAGGAGCACACGACUGCAAAGCAAGAUACGGGACGGCUCGUUCUGUGGACUGACGGUUCCAAGAGCUCUAGGGGACGCGGCUUCGCGGUUGCUUGGCGUCGCAGCACAGCAGCUGGGUGGGGCCGCUGGCAAGCCGCAGGAUACAAAGUAAUCGGGACGCCUCUGACCUCUGAUGGCAUGGAGCACCUCGGCGUCAUCAAGGCGCUUGAGAAGGCUCGGGAAAUUGCCCGCCAUUCAAAGCUGACAGCUGUCUCGAUCUACACCGACUCCACUACAGCACUUCACCUUGCGCGACAACCAGCAAAAUGUCCAUUGGGGUAUCAAAUGGUGGCCAAAGCGCGUUUGCUUCGCAAAGCCGGGAGGCCUUCAAUCACUUUACACUGGUGCCCAGGCCACAGCAGGGUGCCGGGCAAUGAGCUCGCGGACAAGAUCGCAGGCAUUGCAGGAUCCCAUAUUUACGGCAACAUGAAGGAGAUGGUGGAUCUGAGCGAUGAUAGCGACGACAAUGAUUGGGAGGACUGCGAAUCUGACUGACCCGGGGUUCUCUUACAUGGUGCAUACGAUGCUCAACUGCACGGUAGCUCUGGAGUUCAGGGUCGAUAUUACGACGGACGAUACCCAGCUCGGGAUGUUUUCUAGCUUGCUGUGGGGGUCCAUGAAGGCCUUCUGCUGGUUUUACACUGGCCGAUAUAUUUCGUACGGCAGACUGAAGUAAUACAUGUUUGUUCGAUCAGUAUGUGGGGGUUUGGGGGCUAUUCGAGACGAGUUUGGACCUUACAAGGGAUGACAGCUUUCCGAAGAUGGAGAUGCGGGGGCAACACGAGGCUGAUACGUAAUUCCUCCGGUGCGCUGCAACCACAAC